CUCCGGGUAAAGUCCAGGCUGAGUCCCAUCCGCGGCGAGCGAGCGGUUCUUUGCAGAGCUGCACUUUCCAUCCAAAGCCCCUCAGUGCUUUCCGCCGCCUCGACAUGAGCCAGACCCGCUGGACCGGGAAGAGGACAGACAUGCACCCAGAAAUCGCCGCCGCGGUGGGCUUCCUCUCCAGCCUCCUGAGGACCCGGGGCUGUGUGAGUGAGCAAAGACUUAAGGUUUUCAGCGGGGCUCUCCAGGAAGCAUUAACAGAACACUACAAGCACCACUGGUUUCCUGAGAAGCCGGCCAAGGGGUCAGGCUACCGCUGCAUCCGCAUCAACCACAAGAUGGACCCCAUCAUCAGCAAGGUGGCCAGCCAGAUCGGACUCAGCCAGCCCCAGCUGCACCGGCUGUUGCCCAGUGAGCUCACCCUGUGGGUGGACCCCUAUGAGGUGUCCUACCGCAUCGGGGAGGAUGGCUCCAUCUGCGUGCUGUACGAGGAGUCCCCCGUGGCUGCCUCCUGCGGGCUCCUCACCUGCAAGAACCAGCUACUGAUGGGCCGAGGAGGCCCUGCCAAGAACUACGUCAUGGCUGUGUCUAGCUAGACCCCCAGCCUGCCCACCGGCACACUGUCCUCACUCUGCCGCCACAUACCUCAACCUGGGGAACUGUGUUUUCAAUGAAGAGCUAUUUAUAUAUAUAUACAUAUAUAUAUAUAUAUUAUUAUUUUUUUUAAGAAAAGGGGAGAAAAAAGAAAACCAAAAGAUUUUUUUUUUUUUAAGGAGAAAAAAAAUCCUUUAAGGGAGCUGCUUGGAAGUGGCCCUCCCCAGGUGCCUUUGUCCGGAAGCCAGUGUCUGCCUGUGGGAGAGGGCAAGGUGCCUGGGGUGGGUCUGGCCAUAGCAGGAGAGGGGGAAUGGGAGAGGGAGCAAGCUAGGUUAGCAACUGUGAAUGAGAGAGGGCAGAGUCUGUCCUGACCAGCGGCAGUGGGGAGAAGCUGUCUCCCAACCUCGAUCGCCCAGCCAGGCCACCUGCUACCCCGACCCUUCUCUUUCUCAGGGGCAUCCAAGCCUGGACAUAAACCAUCCUGGGUUGCCAACUUUUGUCUUGCAUUUUCCUGUGACCCUCAACAGAAUGUGGAAACAGCCUCUCCUGGUUAUUUCUGUCCUAAAGUAACUUCCCUGGAAACCAUGCCUUCUUUCUCCUAGCCUCAGGGGCCAACAGAUGUUGCUUCCUAGUCCAGUAUCUAAAGCUUUCUCUUAGGAGGGGGUCUGAGAAGAGAGGUGGGGGUGGGAGGUGGUGGGUCUGUGGGCUUGGGAGGGAGAGCUCUCUGCUCAAGACCUCUGCUUUAUUCUGUACUGCUCUAUGUACAUGCAUGGCAGUUGGGGGGUGAUUUGCAAUGGAAUUUUGGGACCCAAAGAGUAUCUACUGGGGGAUUCUUUUUUUUUGGCCAAAACCCUUCUUUUUGGAACCACAUGGAAAGUCCCAGUGCUGCUGCCACUAUCUCCUCAAGAGGGAGUUCAGAAGUUAUAGGGAAUGCCAGGCCCUUUAUUACUGCCUCCUUUCUUUUUUUAAAAAAGCACAAUACUCUCCUCCAGCCCUCCCCUCUCCUGUCCCUCCUGGUGAGGUCCCCCGGAACUAGUCUGUCUACCAGGAUGGGUGUUCUCAGUCACUGUGCAAUAUGGCUGCCUGCAGCCCAGGAGAGUCUGGAGAACUGGCCUGAAUGACUGCUCAGCGUGUCCUGGUGGCUCAGGGAGCCAUCUCCCAUUGUCCUUGGGACUGGGGCUGACUGGUCAGCCUUGAAAGGGGUUCCUUGGCUGAGCGGUAGAAGGCCUUGCAUUCUGCAGGGCUACCUGGUGCCCUCACAGGCCCAACACUAAAACCAAACCUUGGGCAUUGUGUUCUCUCCCUGGUGCUCAAAGCACCUGUGGGUGAGGCAGCUGUCUGUCUGUACAAUCCAGAUCUGUCUGUAGACGUGUGCAAUAUUUACUGUUCUGGGUUGGAGAACCAAGUUAAACCCCAUUGGGAAGAAAUCUUCAAUUUCUCAGUGACACCAGCGAGGGGUCUCUCCACAAGGCCUCACCUUUCUUGAAUCCCCAUGAGAAGGACAUUGCUAGGACAUCUGAUCAACCUGGCUGCCCUUCUGCUAUUAAGGAACCUUCUUCCCUUACAAGGUCCCUCCUCCCACUGCCAGCCCCCCUUCCCUGAUUUCUUAACUACUCAAUUCAGACUGAAGGUGCUAUUUACCAAACACUCUCUUUACCUGUUCUCUGCCAACCUUGCCUUUUUUUCACCCUCAGAUUCCAAGCUGCCUUCCCAAGCCUACAUUUCCAGUCUUUACCACUUUAAAGUUAAUUUGGGCCCACAGACCCAGGAGCUCAUUGUCUGGCCUGUGGGUUGAAACAAAGCUGUGAAACACUGCAGGUCUUGUUGUCAUGUCUCCUCUGCAAACAGCCCCUGCCUUUUUUUUUUUUUUUUUAAAAGAAGCCUCUUGUUCUUGUGCUGAAUCUCUUCUCUCUCCUCUUCACUUUUGACGUUCACUUUAAAAACAACAAAAAUGCCCAGAGCUGGACUGUUGAGCAGGCCUGUCUCACCUAUUAAGUAAAAAAUAAUAGUAGUAUGUUUGUAAGCUAUUCUGACAGAAAAGACAGUUACUAAUUGUAUAAUAGUGUUUUUAUAUGGAAGAAUGUACAGCUUUAUGGACAAAUGUACACUUUUCUUUUUGUUACUUUAAUAAAAAUGUAGCAGAUGAA